CGAGAAAAGAACGAGCUGGGUGAUUUUGAGCCCAGGCUGAUGUAUGCCGAGGUCAUGACCCUCCAAGAGGGUGUGCUCAACACCAAACACUACCUCGCGUGAGUUCUCGCAUACAUCACCGCUGUGCGACACGGCGCCUCCACGAUCGGAAAGAACUAUCACAAAGGCGCUCCGCUCGGUGGAGCAAUGAGUGAGAGUAUGCCCACACGCGCUGAGUCACACACGUUACGCUGGUCUGACGUGAAGGUGGAGAAGUUCGAACAGGAGAAUGCGUGUAUUGUGACUUUUCGCUUUCUCAAGGGGCAUGAGGAUCAACAGGGCAACGUGCAAGGCUCGCGCGAGUUCUUUUUUGCCCCCAAACAAGAACGCUUACACCUGGGCCUGAGCGCGCUCCUGUACGCUGAGGCAUACACGCGAGGCUUAUUCGUCGACCAUCUCGACGUUCUGCUUAGCGACGGUUCUGAUCGAUUCCCCCCGACCAAGUCAGAGAUAGUCUGUCAGGCCGUGUUUGUCAUGGCAACUACGGGGUGUCAGCUCAUCACCGACCAAGAAAUGCGAGCGCAUGCCCUGAACAGGAAACACCAAGACUUUUGUCUCUCCGUCGGUAUCCUCUGCUACGUUACGAUGUAUGGGUUCAGACGACAAGCCGCGCAGGAAGCGAAGACCAAAAACAAAGGCAAAUACAAAGCGCUGGUACAAGGUACCGAUCAGCCUGCAUUCCUAGAAAUAAAGAAAAGGUUGGACGAGCACCUAACGCUGCGCAAACACGGCCGCAGAGUUAUUACUCAACGCGCCAAAGAAACCCUGCGCAAGACAUUGGGGGGUAUAUCGGUGGGCAGGCAAGAGAUGGAACGGCAGGUAGAAGAGAUGGAUGACCGAAGAGAACAAGAAGACGAAGUGAUGGACGCCGAAGCACUGGAUAAUGAACGGGACGAGCCAGAGGCCUGGAAGGGAUUCACACAGGGCCAAAUGCUCAUGGUGGAAUAA